CAACUGUGACAACAACCAAUCCAGUUCUCAUUAGUAAUUUAAACAGUUAAUUACAUUUGUAACUUGUUAAAUCAUCUUAAUAAAAAUGAAAUUCGUUAUCAUCCUCGCUCUUUUUGGUAUCACAAUGGCCAAAGUCGGUGCAUGGGACACUAUGGCAACCGAUGACGAAAAAGCCAUCGAAUUGGCCAAGAAAGGGGUUGCUCAUUAUAAUCUCAAUUCCAAGAGUUUUUACUACCGGAAACUUGUCGAUAUUAAAAGUGCGAAAUCCAAUAUAGAUUAUGACGCCAGCUACGAAAUCAUCUUCGAUAUUGAUAUGACUAAUUGUGUGAAAAACAGCACUUUUUCAGAAGAAUGUGAAGUCUCAACAGAAUUGUUAACAGAGGAGUGUACUUACCUCUUUUACUACGCAGCAAAAUCGGACGAAUGCAACAUCGUUAAGGGUGCAUGCGAACUGCUUGGCUAAUCUCAUGUUUAUCCAGAUCGAUUUUACAUUAUUGUAUCCAGUUCUAUUUACUGUUUAUUAAUAAAUUUUUCUGAUCUUUAACUGAA